AUGAAAGACCUGACUGUCACCAAUGGAGCCGACUUAUAUAAAUCUGAAUUACUGUCACAUUGGAUAACUGCUAACGAAGAAGAUUUAAAACCCCAAACAUCACAACUGAAUAUUUAUAUUACUACGCUAUUGGGAAUGUCUAAGACGCUGCUACUAAUCCACAUCAUUCUCACUGUCUGGGUUUCCUGUGCUCAUGGACAAGGAAGAACUUGUGAUUUUCCAGAAAUAAAACAUGGAAGCAUAUAUGAUGAAAACAGAUAUAAACAAAGCUUCCCAGUUGCUAUGGGAAAAUAUUUCUACUACUCCUGUGAUUACAGCUUUGUGUCUCCUUCACAAUCACUCUGGACUCUAAUAAUGUGUACAGAGGAAGGAUGGUCACCUGCACCAAAGUGUCUCAGACAGUGCUUUUUCCCUUGGGUGGAAAAUGGUCAUUCUGCAUCGUCAGGACAAACACACCGGGAAGGUGACACCGUGCAAAUCGUCUGUGAUUCAGGCUACAGCCUUCCAAAUAAUCAGAGCGGCAUUACAUGUGCAGAAAGUGGCUGGUCCAGCCCUCCUAGAUGCAGUCAUAUCCACUCUCGAGGAAAAUGUGGGCCCCCUCCACCGAUUGACAAUGGAGACCUUACCUCAUUCCCAUUACCAGCAUAUGCUCCAGGAUCCUCAGUUGAGUACCAAUGCCAGUCCUUGCAUGUGCUUCAGGGAAACAGGAAUAUAAUAUGUAGGAAUGGACAGUGGUCAGAACCACCACGAUGCUUAGAUGCAUGUGUUAUAUCAGAAGAAAUGAUGGAAAAACAUAAGAUAGAACUGCGAUGGUCGUAUGACAAAAAAUUGUAUUCUGAAACAGGGGACACUGUUGAAUUUACAUGUAAACAUGGAUAUCGUAAAAAGACACCGCCUGAAACAUUUCGAACAACCUGUCGGGAAGGGAAAAUGGCGUAUCCCACCUGUGGAUAG